CGAGCAGGAGCGCGGAGCCGCGGCCGCCCUGCUGCUCUGACUUUUUAAGAAAUCUCAAUGAACUAUUUGUAGGGAAUCACUGAUCCUGCCUGCGAGAUUCUUUUCUUUUUUGGGGGCGAACCCAGCAGCCCAGGCACCGAUCAGUGCGAGGUGAAGAUCACAUUUUAUAUGCGAUCUUGACUUUUUCCCCCCCUUUUUGUCUUACAUUCUAUUUUUAUAGAUUUUUGUUAUAAUCAUGGUGCUGGGAAAGGUGAAGAGUUUGACAAUAAGCUUUGACUGUCUUAAUGACAGUAAUGUCCCUGUGUACUCCAGCGGGGAUACUGUCUCAGGAAGGGUGAAUUUAGAAGUUACUGGGGAAAUCAGAGUAAAAUCGCUUAAAAUCCAUGCAAGAGGACAUGCGAAAGUACGCUGGACGGAAUCUAGAAACGCCGGCUCCAAUACUGCCUAUACCCAGAAUUACACUGAAGAAGUGGAGUAUUUCAACCAUAAAGACAUCCUCAUUGGGCACGAAAGAGAUGAUGAAAAUUCUGAAGACGGCUUCAACACUAUUCAUUCAGGAAGGCAUGAGUAUGCAUUCAGCUUUGAGCUUCCACAGACACCACUUGCUACCUCAUUCGAAGGCCGACAUGGCAGUGUGCGCUAUUGGGUGAAAGCCGAAUUGCACAGGCCUUGGCUUCUACCAGUAAAAUUAAAGAAGGAAUUUACAGUCUUUGAGCAUAUAGAUAUCAACACUCCUUCAUUACUGUCACCCCAAGCAGGCACAAAAGAAAAGACUCUCUGUUGCUGGUUCUGUACCUCAGGCCCAAUAUCCUUAAGUGCCAAAAUUGAAAGGAAGGGCUAUACCCCAGGUGAAUCAAUUCAGAUAUUUGCUGAGAUUGAGAAUUGCUCUUCCCGAAUGGUGGUGCCAAAGGCAGCCAUUUACCAAACACAGGCCUUCUAUGCCAAAGGGAAAAUGAAGGAAGUCAAACAGCUUGUGGCUAACUUGCGUGGGGAAUCUUUAUCAUCUGGAAAGACAGAAACAUGGAAUGGCAAGUUGCUGAAAAUUCCACCAGUUUCACCCUCUAUUCUGGAUUGUAGUAUAAUCCGUGUGGAAUAUUCACUAAUGGUAUAUGUGGAUAUUCCUGGAGCUAUGGAUUUAUUUCUUAAUUUGCCUCUUGUCAUUGGUACCAUUCCUCUCCAUCCAUUCGGUAGCAGAACCUCCAGUGUAAGCAGUCAGUGUAGCAUGAACAUGAACUGGCUUGGGUUAUCCUUACCUGAAAGACCUGAAGCACCACCAAGCUACGCAGAAGUGGUGACAGAGGAACAAAGACGAAAUAAUUUGGCACCAGUGAGUGCUUGUGAUGACUUUGAAAGAGCACUUCAAGGACCACUGUUUGCAUAUAUCCAGGAGUUCCGGUUCCUGCCACCUCCUCUUUAUUCAGAGAUUGAUCCAAAUCCUGAUCAGUCUUCUGAGGACAGACCAUCCUGCCCCUCUCGUUGAAGGAAUACUUGGUUGAAUCAAGUUGAUGUGGGUUCCGAACUGUAUCUCUUCCGGCUGAGGACAGAGGAGUAUCUUGGAGACACGUUUUCAGAGGAAGUGGAAUUGCUUUUGCCCAGAGAAAUGGCAAAUACAUGAAACAGCCAGUGGUCAUGCUUUAGAAGCCUCCAGCAACCUUCUGGGACUGCUCCAACAUGCUUGAAGAUCUAAGCUUUUUUCCUUUAAAACUGGCACAUACCAAGAGCAGUCUUAGCCUAUGGUCAUUCGUGUCACGUGUCAAGACACCACGUUAUAAAGAAGGAUGAGUUCCUUCUUUUGAUUUGAAAAUUUGCACAUGCUCAAUGCUUACAUUGUGCAGUUCCAUGUCACUACAGCUUUUUUUUUCCAUUUAUGCCAGACUCUUGAUACUCUUUUAACACUUGUUUGUGUUCAGCACAACAAGGAACAAAAGAAAGCUUUGAAAAACUCUUACAUGAAAAAGACGCACUGACAUUUUUUUUUAAUUUAAUAUAGCCUGGACUUUACCUGCGUAUGCACAUGCUCAGAAUUGUCCUACUAGGCUGACCAUAUAUCACCUCUUCAGCUUGGAUCCUAUUGUGGAUUUAUUUACAAACAUCAAAUGCCUUCAAGCCAAUCUUUUUUGCUGUAUGUUUUGCAGCCUACUGUAGUAGAUUCGCAACAGAUAUGUGGUGGGGCGGGGGGGAGGAAAAAGAUAAAGAGGAGGAAGCUAAUACAAGACUGUCAAGAUUGUAUACCUUCUUGGUUUCUUUUGAGAAUUUGUUGCCUUUCUACUAUUACAGCAAAGCAGCAUUUGUUACUGACUGCCUAAAAUCACUUAAUCUCAGGUGAACGCAUCACUUGCCAAACUGUUGGAAUGCUAUUUGUGUUUUGUUGCACUGUUAUUUUUCUGUUGUUGUUAUUGUUGUUGUUGUUUAUUUGGUUGGCUUUUUCAGAGAGGGAAAUUUGGAAACGGGACAUACACAAAAGUGAUAAUACACCCACAUCCCCUUUUUAUCAUUGCAU